AACAGUAAAAUAAACUAGAUGAAAAAUAAAAGGAACUUGACGGAAACAGAGAGUGCUUUUCGCCACCAGCGCCAAAACCACCAAAUUUCCAUAAUUCACUUUCCGAAUCAUGAACAACGCAGCAGAAACACCAAAUUUCACACUGGCUUCCUCAUCCGGCCACCGAAAAAUGCCGGUAAUAGGCAUGGGCACAGCGGCCGACCCCUUCGAUGAAACUACAAUGAAGACGGCGGUACUGGAGGCCAUCAAGCUUGGCUACAGGCACUUCGACACUUCGCCACUAUACAAAUCAGAAAAACCUGUUGGAGAAGCCAUAGCUGAAGCUCUUAAACUUGGCCUCAUCGACUCUCGAGAAGAGAUCUUCAUUACUUCCAAGCUAUGGUGCUGCGAUUCUCAUAAUGAUCUUGUUAUCCCUGCUUUAAAGAAUUCCCUCCGGGCUCUUCAACUGGAUUACCUAGACCUUUAUUUGAUUCACUGGCCAAUUAGCUGUAAGCCUGGAAGAUUAGUAUUCCCACCGCCUAAGGAUGAGCUUCUCCCAAUGGACUUCAAGUCAGUAUGGGCAGCCAUGGAGGAGUGUCAACAGCUUGGCCUAACAAAGGCUAUUGGAGUCAGCAACUUCUCUUGCAAGAAGCUUCAGCACUUACUUACCUUGUCUAAAAUUCGCCCUUCAGUAAAUCAAGUGGAGAUGAAUCCGCUCUGGCAACAGAAGAGGCUUAGAGAAUUCUGUAGGGCGAAUGAUAUCAUUGUCACUGCUUACUCUCCUCUGGGAGCAAAGGGGACUCGCUGGGGAAGCAGUUUGGUUAUGGACAAUGAAGUACUAAAUGACAUUGCAAAGGUUCAUGGCAAGAGUGUUGCUCAGGUUUGUCUGAGAUGGGUGUAUGAGCAAGGAACAUCUAUUGUAGUCAAGAGCUAUAGAAAAGAAAAACUGAAGGAGAAUAUGGAAAUCUUUGACUGGGCAUUAUCAAAGGAGGAUCAUGACAAAAUCCAAAAGAUCCCACAAAAAAGAUUACAGCCUAAAGAAGAACUGAUCUCAGCUAAUGGACCAUACAAAUCACUUGAAGAGCUAUGGGAUGGUGAGAUUUAACCUGAUGUCUUAUAAAUAGAUGGGAUAUUAAAACAUGUGACUUGCAAUUUGCAAGUUGGAUGAUCUUUGCUAUCGAAAACAGAAUCCUGAAGAGUGAUGUGAAAAUGUGUAGUAAGCUCUCACUCUUCCUUGACCAUUGUUUUGUAACCACCUUAAGUUUUGAGGGCAUGUUUAUGUUUGUGUGAACUGAAGCAACAGAGUCUAUAGAGAGCUCUUGACCAUUGUUUCCUAACCACCUUGAGUUUGAGCGCAUAUGAAAAUAAUUGUUUACAUUAAAAUAUUUUCUCAAUCA